AUGGAAGAAUCCUCUGUCAAGGUACUACACGCAGGAGGAUAUAUAACGGGAGUAGCACUCGCAUGGUUUAAACCCAUUAUAAGGGACUACCUUAAUAAAGAAAAAGACGACCGCAAAGAAGAAACCAACACCAUUUUCAAAAGUUACAAUAAGUUCGAAAAAGCCAUCAAGAAAGCCUUUGGAACAGUUGAUGAAGCUAGAGCUACUAAGUACUACAUUAACGGGCUCAAGCAGAAGGGAUCGGCAUCCGAUUAUGCCGCUCGCUUCCGACAACUCGCAUCUCAGCUUAACUGGGAGGACGAACCUCUUAUGUCAGCUUUUUAUAAAGGACUUAAGGAAGAAGUCAAAGAUAAACUCUACAAAGAGAACAAACCAAACAACUUAUCGGAUUACAUUGCUAUAGCGAAAAUCGAAGUUACCGAAUCAGAGGUGGAACAUAAGAACCUCAACUGGACCUUCUGCUAUAACGACAACUGCUACGUUCACAUGAGCAGCAAACAAGAAAGAGGAUGGUUUCCAAAAGAACCAAGAAAACCAAAGAAGAAAAUUAUAAACUUCAUGGGAAACAGACUGCAAGUAGCCCAACAACUGGUACAAGAAGACCUGGACGAACAAUCAAUGGAAAAGAGAACGCUUGCAAUAACGGGACGAAAGGAACUCCAUGAACCAAAAUCGCCAGAAUAUUUGGACGAAGACUCGCACCAAGAAAUUCUCGAUUGGGUGCGACAACAAGCAGAAGCAAGGAAGAUUCGAAGGGAACAAUAA